AUGGCGUCCGAUAAGAAAGGCAGCACCGGUUGGUUUGGGGAUAUGGUCUCGACGAUUAGUGACUUUGGCAAGCACACAACAGACAUGGCUUCUAACCUCUACACUCAUAUGGGCAAGCUGGGCAACCCCACCCUCUUGACGCAUGCAGGAGCAGAGGCGCUGUGGCGGGAGCACUUUUGGGCGCCACCGGAUGAGAAGCUGCUGUUCUACUUUUACUGCAACCUGCUCACGAGCGUGGGGCCCGUUCCCGGCACACUAGUUGUCACCACCGCGUCCAUUGGCUUCCUCUCGGACGCCGAGUUUGAGUACAACCCGCUGGGCCGCCCCACAGAGAUUGCCAAGAGCCACUUUGUGUACUUCUCAUCCUCUUGA